GAAUUUAGUUUCUUGUGGUUAUAGAACUGAGAUGACCCCUCACCUCCCAGAGGUUUCCUUGUCCUGAGACAGUCAAUAGACAUGUGAGUGAGCCUUCUUGGAAGCAGACUUUCCAGCCAUGGUUCAGCCUUCAGUAACUACAACCCAGCUUAACAUUUGACUGCAACUUUGUGAGCAAUUCUGAGCCAAAACACCUGCUCACCUGCUCCUACUUCCUGACCCUCAGAAACUGGGUGAUGUGGAUUCUUUAACAUCCAGCUCAGCUCCCAUGCUCUGACAACCGUUCUUCCUGAACAAGCAGACGUCGUGUCUUCUCUGCAUUGACCUUGGUACAUCAUUUCUCAUGGCAGUGUUUCAGACCACUCUGUGGAAGUUAAUUUCCGGGACUUUAGGACUAAUAUGCCUUUCGUUGGUGGCUACUUUGGGAAUUUUGUUGAACAAUAUUUCCUCUGACUGCUGGUAUUGCCCAGAGAAGUGGGUUGGGUACAAAUGCAACUGUUACUUCAUUUCAACUGAAGCGAAAACUUGGAAAGAAAGUAGGAAAUUCUGUGUUUCUCACAAUUCCAGUUUGCUUCCGCUUGAAAACGAAGAUGAACUGGCUUUUAUGCACUCCAAUCAACACUUUUACUGGAUUGGACUCUCUUACAACAAAGAACGUGCUGCCUGGUUUUGGGAGGAUGACUCUCCUUUUUUGCAGGAAUCAUUUCCAUCAAUUAUACCUUCAAAUCCAACACAAUGCAUAAUUUAUUGUGCAAUGAACAGUGGUACUCAUGAGGCUUGUGAAAACAAAAAUCGUUAUAUCUGUAAAAGACAGCUCAUAGCUGAAAGUGCCAGGUGAGGAUUUUCUUGUAUCAUCUUGCUUCAGAGGAGAAGACAUUUGCAUGCUUAUGCAUCAAUAAAAGAGUCAUUUAUAUGUACAGCAAUGAUUUCAUUCUGUUUCUAAAAGUUCUGUGUCUAACUACUGAAAAAUUCCUUUUUUAGAGGGCGGAGGCACUAGAUUUCACUGAGGGAUUUUGGAACAUGUGAAAGAAGGGAUAGGGACAACCAUGAAUUCUAAUACCUGUUACUUGGAUGGGAUUUUUCCUGCCCUCAGAGCUA